AUGGGGCGCGGCAAGAUCGAGAUCAAGCGGAUCGAGAACGCCACCAACCGGCAGGUGACCUACUCCAAGCGCCGCACGGGGAUCAUGAAGAAGGCGCGCGAGCUCACCGUGCUCUGCGACGCCCAGGUCGCCAUCAUCAUGUUCUCCUCCACCGGCAAGAACCACGAGUUCUGCAGCCCCGGGACCGACAUCCAGACCAUCUUUGACCGAUACCAGCAGGCCAUCGGGACCAGCCUAUGGAACGAGCAGUAUGAGAAUAUGCAGCGGACGCUGAGCCAUCUCAAGGACAUCAAUCGCAACCUGCGCACAGAGAUUAGGCAAAGGAUGGGCGAGGAUCUGGACACUCUGGAGUUUGACGAGUUGCGGGGACUUGAGCAAAAUGUUGAUGCGGCUCUCAAGGAGGUUCGCCAUAGGAAGUAUCAUGUGAUCACCACACAGACUGAAACCUACAAGAAAAAGGUGAAGCACUCGUAUGAGGCGUACAAGAACCUGCAGCAGGAGCUGGGCAUGCGCGAGGACCCGGCGUUCGGGUUCGUGGACAACACGGGCGCCGGCGGCUGGGACGGCGCGGCGGCGGCGGCGCUGGGCGGUGGCGCGCCCGACAUGUACCACGCCUUCCGCGUGGUGCCCAGCCAGCCCAACCUGCACGGCAUGGCCUACGGCUCCCACGACCUCCGCCUUGGCUAG